UAUUCUUAACAAUAGCUAAACACAUGGAGGAUUUAAAAAGGCAUUCAACCAACACACAUUAUGGAGCAAUGAAUAGGAUUUGUUUGUGUGCACCUGCUUUGGUGGGAAUUCGGUUGCGCACUUACGUCCGUCUUUACGGUACUGCAGCGUCGUUGCCCUGACAACUCACAUUUGUUCGUCCUCUCUUCCGGGAGGAACAUCAAAAGGCUGCUUGCCAUAAAAACUAAACCAAACAAGCUAUCUGUUGCAACAAAAGUGUGUAUUAUAAAGCUGUUUUUUAUUAUUAUUACCGGGAGUAUCUGCCAUUAAAUAAAGACAGCGUUAAUGAUGGAAGCCCCGCUGGAAGACGAGACACCAGCCGGAGCCGCAGCGGGGAUUGAGGGACUCGAACUCGGAGAGGAGCUGAAAGCCUCUGACGAAGCGAACACGUUCAUGUCCAGCAUUGAGCCUGCAGAGCUGCUGAAGUGUGUGUUUCCAGAUUCUCUGGUGACUUUGUCAGAGGGCGGCCGGGACCUGGGGAAGUUCAGUGUGACGGUGGAGUUUGCCCGAAGAGUCCAGCAGCCGUGUAUGCUACUGCAUGCUAAGAGCCAGGGAGCCAUCGAUGACUCCCCCUGUGGAACUACAGUGAUGGCCUACCUAACCACGGACCUGGAGGUGCUGGAGGAAGAUUACCAUGAGUAUGUCAAGCUUGAAGGCCACAGUUUGGACAAGAGGCGUCACAUGGUGCAGCAUGACGGGCAGAUGGUGAUCAAUAAAGUUACCACUGUAGGAGAGGAGACGACGAAGGAGAGCACUUCUUAUCCCAUGUGUGUCCUACGAGGGCUGGUUACCGAGGGGUCCAGCUUGCUGCUGAUGCGCCUCAUCGCUCUGAGGAAGAUGGUGCCAGAACACAUGACCUUCAUCUCCUUCGACCAGGGAUUACAUAUCAUCCACACCACUUUUAGCGAGCUGGGUCUGAAGCAGCUGAAGGUUGGGGGUGAGGACGUGGAGGUAUUUGGGGUGGAGAGGAUUGUUCACUCUGUGGAGGACAGCCCCACUACCUGGCAGUGCUACUUCCUGGCUGAUGGGCACAUGGUCAGCAGAGUGCAGGUGGGAUCACCGGUCACCAUGAGGCUGCUGCAGCUGCCAUCACAGCUAGAAAAAGGUUUUGAGAAGGUCCCUCUGGUUUGGGAAGAAGACAUGCAGAUGCGCUCCAAGUUCUUGGACAGAAAGGAGGAGCUGAAGGCGGACCAUGCCUCCUACCUGAGACAGCAUCCAGAGAUCCGUGCGCUCGUAUCUGACUUCCUGCAGUUUUUGCUGCUGAGGAAACCAGAUGACGUCUUCCAGUUUGCCAGAGAGUACUUCCUCCCUUUUGCCUCCCGCCGUCCUCCAGAACCAAGCCUGGAAGCCUCCUCACUCUGAAAGCACAUGCUAAACAGCCUUUUUAAAAAAAACAUAUAUAGCUAUUCUGUUCAUUUAUCCUUUUAACUUGACAUUUAAUUUUAAAAUUGCAUUUGGUUAUGUUAUAUCUUGUCUGAUGUUAUAUAAGUGACAGAUGACUAGCUGUAUUAAAGGGAAACUUUCAAACCUGAGACUUCACCUGAGCUGUGUGAUCUUGCUAAAAAAAAAACUAACUUUAGUGAUCUGAAUAAAGUGGUAUGUUUCAAA